AUUACCAAUUGUAGCGUGGCGUCGAGUUGAGAUUAACUAUGAACACCGCUACCAAGAAACACGUGCCAAAUAGAUCAGAAGGCGAGGAUCGAACGUAACCAGAUUUAUUUUGUUGGCGAUCUCGUGGUAUUGAACGAAUACCGAGAUCGUGCCAAGGAAUGGUACAAGCGAAAGCAGAAGAAAGGAGUACGUGCGAACAGUACCAAAACCGCGGAACAAUGAUGGAAGGUAAUGGAAGCACAAAAAUGGCUAUAAUUAGCACUGUUAAACAAAAGCACAUUAAAACACACACCGGUACAGUUGGUUAUAAUAAUAAUUGUUUUUAUUAAACCAGUCGUGUUCUCGUGAUAAACGUGAGUCACUACAAGCUCAAAGUGUUACAUAUCAAGUUGUCGUCAAUAAAUUGGUUCACACAUAAUAUCUAAGUAAUCAAGUUUCUAAGAUUAGAGUCAACUUCACUUUUUCUCAAACUACAGAAUGUCCUAGUGGUAUCCCCAGGGCUUAGUACUAGAACUUCUCUCUUUAUAUACAUGGCUUCCUCUGUAUCGUCUGAGUUACUGCUUCAAACAGAUGAUGUUAAACUGUGGAGAAAAGUUUGAAACCAAGAUGAUAAGCUGGCACAUCUGGAGGAUCUAACUUAGCUUUAAAGUUUGGCGGAUAACAGCGGAUUUAUUUUCAACACUUCAAAGUAUGAAGUGGUUCUCUUGAGACUUGUUGCAGACUUCGCAUACAGCUUAGGUAAUUCCCCUGUAGAGGUGUCCAAAGUUGGGAAAUAUCUAAUAGUCUUGCUAUCUUAUUUUCUUAAGUCUUACUCUAAUUGCGGCGAAAAUGCCUUUCGAGCAAAGCUUGCACUGGUUACGUUGAAGUCCUUUUUUGGCCAAUCUGACAAUAGAAUGUUCCACCUAAUCUUCAAGUUUUAUUCGGCUUCAUUUAGAGUAUGGAAAGCAGUUUCCCCUCGCUCCAAAGGGGUAAAAAUAUACAAAAACGCACCCAGAAAUCAGUUCAGUAACUCAACUUCUAGCCUUACAAAGAGCGCUUCAAUUCACUAAAUGUCUACCCAUUAGAGUAUAUGCGUCUCUGAUGUAACCUACUGAUUUAUAUCUGUCUGACAUAUAUAUAUUCCAAUUACUCCUGGGAACCAUCAAAUACUUGUUUAAGCUCAGCCCCAACACAAACACUAAAAUUACAGACACAGCAUAGCAGAAUGGACUGCAGGGACACCUACUCUAGGAGUAGUGAAAUUUUGGGAUUCGCUGCUAGUUGAGGUAGUCCAAGACACAUCCCGGGAGUCCUCCAAGAGGAAACUUGACAUAUUUUUAAGGACAGGUGAUAGUAUUUCACUAUAAUUUACAGACAUUUCCCUUUUGUUUGUUACAUAUAUCUAGGUUCCCAACUGGAGGCAUCGGGGACCCACUGCUACUAAAUACAGAAACUCGUUAAGUGGAAGCUUCUAUCCCGUCCACAACCAUUCGAGUGGGACUUCAUAAAUGUCAACAAAAGUUUUUCUAAGUUCAGUGUUUUCCACAUUUUCUUUUGUCUCUCGUACCAAGAUUUGACUCAGUGUUUUGUUAUGACGUUUGUUGUCAUAAUAUGCCCAUCUUUUUUAUUAAAAGUUAUUACUUCUCGAUAUAUCAAACUGAAUAUAACCAAUGCAGUCAAAUGACUAAACGACGACCAAACAGCUGUUACCAAAGAGAAAUCAAUCUAUUUAUAUAAGAUUGUCACAAAAAUAUUAGCAUAAAUAUGAGUCGUUUAUUUCUAACUUAAAUUACUGGCGUUUCCAGUUAAGGUUCGUUAGUUGUCCACAUACUCGCCUCCGAGUAUCCUUUUCAACUGUGUUACUUAUGAAGUCCUAGAAAAACAUGAAGAUUUGUCUUUUGUUGUUCUCUAUAGUCUCAUGGUUGAUCCAUUACCGUCUACAAGUCAAACACAGCCCAGUAAGCCUUUUUCAGUGGAUAUUAGAGAUUUUUUUGAAAGGAUAAUGAGACCCCGGCAUCUAACAUCCUGGAAUCAAGUUGAAGAGGCCAUAGAUCUUUUGCAGAAAAUGACCUAUACACACUAUGUAGUUAGAGAAAGCAAAUUAAAUAAAGAAGAGCCUGGACUCCAUUACCACUAUGUUGUGUAUGUGUGCACUUUUGGCCACAAAAGAAAGCCUGAAGGUACUGGGCAAAGAGUUAAAGGAUCAAAAUUCACUGGCUGUAAAUCCAUGUUUAGAAUCAGAUAUGAGCAUAACAGAUAUAUAAUACCGGCUUCUAAAACAGUGCACAACCAUCCGUGCGACAGGGAAUAUUUAACAAACGACCCUUGGUCCAGAAAGCUCAGCCAAGACCAGUUACAAGUUUUAACCCCGAUGAUCACAGUUGGUUCAGAACCAAAUGAAAUAAUUAAAUAUGUUGAUGAAACCUUCAACAAAACCAUCACGUUCAACGAUUAUAAAAAUCUCCGACACAAAGUUGCUAAAAAUAAUCAAAAAAAAGAAACUAGAUAAUCUAUUGCUGAUGUACA